AUGCUCAAUGAUAAUGAUUCCUCCAAGCGAGGAAGCGAAUAUCGAGUCAAUCGGUCGCGAGCCCCUUUGAAUUUGUCAGAUGAAAGCGCAACCACCGUGUCUCAUGCCCGAGAGGGCAAGAUUGACUAUGCUCAGCUCAAAAAGGAUGCUCCAGGCCUGGCCGCUGCCACUGCUCAUGCGUUCAUACCGAAUUGGACGAAUAUGGUCCUGAUGGUCUCUUUGAUAUUCGGAGGCUGUUGUGCAAACGUAUUUGCAUUGGAAGCUAUUAUCAAGGAACAACCAACGGCCGGUCCUCUCAUCACAUUCGCUCAAUUCAUUAUUUGCGCUCUCUUUACGCUUCCACACUUUCUCUCUCCGGCAGCAGGUCCCAAAUCUCUGUUCCUCAGCCCCCGCGCUAUCCCCUUGAAAUCAUGGACGAUCUACACGCUCUAUUUUCUUACCGUCAACCUCCUCAACAACUGGGCAUUUGCAUACAAAAUUUCCGUCCCAUUGCAUAUUAUUCUACGCUCUGCGGGCCCAGUUGCCUCAAUGAUAAUUGGUUAUCUUUACAACGGGCGCCGAUAUUCGCGUGGCCAGAUUACAUCGGUGGGCAUGUUGACUCUGGGCGUCGCGGCGGCAGCUAUGGCCGAUGCCCAGACUAAAGACCCCGUACAUGUUGAGACGGACCUAGUUACCACAGUAACAGGAUUUACCAUUCUCGCUCUGGCAAUGAUCCUUUCUGCUUUCCAGGGGAUAUACGCUGAUCGGCUGUAUGCGACUUAUGGGCGAGAUCAUUGGAAAGAGGCACUCUUCUACUCCCACGCUUUGUCACUGCCGGUUUUCUUCACGAGUUGGGGGCAAUUAGUUGGUCAGUGGCGUGUUGUUGCAGCGUCGCCUUCAUUGGUGACCUUGGACAGUGUACAGGGCGCACUGGGCUUGAUUCAAAGUAAGGCUGUCAUGGAACUCCUAGCCAUGAUUCCGGUUCAAGUGGCAUACUUGGCGAUGAACGCGUUGACUCAAUACUUAUGUAUCCGAGGCGUGCAUCUCCUGUCUGCAAAGUCGAGUUCGUUGACAGUGACUAUUGUCUUGAACGUGCGUAAGCUUGCAUCUUUGCUGUUGUCAAUCUAUUUGUUUGGGAAUCACUUGGCUGGGGGUGUGCUAUUCGGAGCGGCCUUGGUGUUUGUGGGUGGAGGCUUAUAUGGAUUUGAAGGGGCACGUUUAAGAGGUGCGGCGAAGAAGGACCAGUGA